UAAUUUAAUGUAUCUCUGUCGUCCUACGAAACUUAGUCGUGAGAUAAUGACCAAAACCUCUCCAAGGUGAUAUUUUUACGAGGUGUUUCAAAUAUUUAGUUUACGGUUGUGAAAUUAUUCUCAAAUGUUGUACUGAUUUAUCUGCGCAUAUAGAAAGUAGUUCAAAGGUAACAAGUACUUCGGCUAAAGGUAAACAGAGGCUAGCGAAAGACAACCAAGCAACAAACAAUAAGAUUUCUUCCUUGAAUUUCGACCAAAUAUGAAGUGGGAAUACAAAGAGGAACACCCAUUUGAGAAGAGGCGGGCUGAAGGAGAAAAGAUAAGAAAGAAGUACCCAGAUCGCGUCCCUGUAAUCGUAGAGAAAGCCCCAAAAGCUCGUGUUGGUGACCUUGACAAGAAGAAAUACCUGGUUCCCUCUGACCUGACAGUUGGCCAGUUUUACUUCCUCAUUCGGAAACGAAUCCACCUGCGACCUGAAGAUGCCCUCUUCUUUUUUGUGAAUAAUGUGAUUCCACCAACCAGUGCAACUAUGGGAUCUCUCUACCAGGAACACCAUGAAGAGGACUUUUUCCUGUACAUUGCCUACAGUGAUGAAAGUGUUUAUGGUGUAUAGAGUGUUGUCAACAAUCCGCAAACCUGACCAAUCUCAUGAUUUAUGACAAUUAAAACUGGAGUCGCCCUAAUGGAACUGUGCAUAUAUAUUUUAAGGUCUUUCAUAAUUGCCAAUUCUGAUGUAUUUUUAGCUUUUUUGUAACACAAUGCUUUUGUUUGAAAUAUUUUAUAGACAAGCAACUUUUCUCCAAUAUUCUCAAAAAUAUAAACUGUUAAAUUUAACAAGAAGUUAAUUUCUGGGAGACCUUCAUCUAAAAUACUGACAAAACAUUGAACGACUAGUUAUAACAUACUGGGUAGUUAGUUUCCAGUGUAAAUCUAAUUGGAGACUUUAUUAACUCUAGCCACUGGUUCGGUUUAAAAUCUAUCAACCAGCCAAGAGGGGUACUGUGUUGCAUAUAAGUCAAUAUGAAUGGUAAUCAUUUUCAACAUGACUGUGUGGUAUCAUCUGAUUUCUAUAAAGUCAGUAGCGACUUUGCUAUUGCAAUAUUGAUUGAAGCUAUUGGAGGGUAUUUGGUACAUGCUUUGGUGUAUUUUUGCAGCAUUUUUUUUAUUUUCUUAUAAUAUUCUAUUAACAUGUAUCUAAAGUAAAGCACCUUUAAAGGACCCUUAACUGUAAUUACACCUUUACAUCUUAACAUCAUGUACUGUGUAGAAAACAGUCAUUUAUUAGUUUGCCUUUCCACUUAAAAUAACAGUUCAACAGGGUUGGACACUACUAUUAUUUCCAAGGUGGGAACACCAUUUUGUCUUUCAUGUAGCUUGGUGUCAUUGCCCUCUCACUCUUAAAAUAAGAGAAGAUUUUUUCUAGGUAGUCCAAACAUGCUUUUGACUUUACUUGUAGUCCGGCCAAAAACCUGGUAGACUCGGGCUACAGGACUACUGUUAGUGUUGAACCCUGUUAAGGCUCUCCAUCCAUCCAUCAUUAAUGCAAACAAAAAGUUACUGGUCAAGUUUCAUAAUAAAGCUCCAAAUGUUAACUGAGAGUUUUUUUAUACAAGUUAUUUCAGACUUAUUUUCUUUUAAUAAAAUUGCUGUAAUAUCAUAGAUUUUUUUAUAAUCAAUAUGAAUUAAACAGAAAAAAUCUCAAUGUUAAUAUCUUAAAUGUUCUAACAAAACAUUGCAACCCAUUGAUGGAUGAAUGGCUGACCUUAGGCAGAACACAUACAUUAAACAGAGUUAAAAGUUAGGGGAACAAGUUAAAAUGUGUACCCAUCAAUCAUUAAUUAAAUAAAUCAUCUUCAUUUUUAAAUUAGUUUGUAUAUAACUUUGAAAUUCCAGUAACAUUGUGUUGCUUGGAAAAUGUUAUUGUAAGUUGACAUAAUUAUUUUGUUGAUGUAUCACAGCGUGAGAUUUUUUUGUCUUGAAAAAAUGUGGUUUUAAAUACAUAUAUUUGUGUUUUCAAUUUUUUGUUUAACUGUAUUGUUGUAUGAAAUAAAGUUACUGUAAAUUUUG